CCAGUUUUCCUGCUGUCUCCAUUUUAUAAUGAUUUCUAGUUUACUUUGACAUUUCUUGAAUUAUUUGUUCACCUUCCUUCUUUUCUUACAUUCUGCAUCCAACCAAUCUCCAUUUCGAGAAUGUUUCAUUUUCCAAGUUGCAGCAAAGCCAUCGAUUAUCGAGCAAAACAGAUACUUCACACUGUUUUAACCUGCAAGAAGCAUACUUAUUUAUACCAAUCUCUACAGGCUAUAUUGCUACUUUGUCAGUUUCCAAUGUUGUUUUCAGAAGGAUUUGUCAAAGAGUGGUCACGUGCAGGCUUUACAUUUUUUUAAAACUAGACAUGCGUGUGGCAGUGAUCGGAGCUGGGGUCAGUGGCCUGUCCACAGCUCAAAGCAUCUAUGAGCAGUACCACUCCAUAGUCAGUCCACUGAUCAUUGAGGUGUAUGCGGACUGCUUCACCCCACUGACCACCAGCGAUGGGGCUGCAGGAUUCUGGCAGCCAUACCUUUACGACAAGGGCAAUGUCCAGGAGACAAAAUGGUGUAAGGAGACGUUUGACUACCUGUUGAGCUUCCUGAGCUCCCCGGACUCUAUCAAAAUGGGGAUUUUCCUCCAGUCUGGCUACAACCUUUGCAGUGAGCCUGCACCAGAUCCCUCUUUUAAAGAUAGUGUGCUGGGCUUCAGACGGCUUACUAAACGAGAGCUGGAGCUGUUUCCUGCAUACUGCUAUGGGUGGUUCAACACUGCUCUCAUGGUGGAGGGGAAAAGUUACUUGCCUUGGCUGAUGGACUGGUUACAGAAGCGAGGUGUGACAUUUUACCAGAGGAGGAUAGAGUCCUUCAAAGUGCUUGCGGAGAGUGGGGCAGACGUCAUCAUCAACUGCACAGGAGUGAGGUCAGGGGAUCUCCAGCCUGACCCUGACCUCACACCAGGCCGUGGGCAGAUACUGAAGGUGGAUGCUCCAUGGCUUAAGCAUUGGAUCCUCACCCACAAUUUCACUGCUGGAACCUACAAUUCACCGUACAUUAUACCAGGGAGUCGUUCAGUGGUUGUUGGUGGGUGUUUCCAGCUGGGGAACUGGAGUGAGCAGAACAACUCUGAGGACCACAAGGAGAUAUGGGAGGGGGCCUGCCAGCUGGAGCCCAGCCUCAAGCAUGCCCGGAUAGUGGAGGACUGGUCAGGGCUCAGGCCUGUUCGUAGUAAAGUCCGACUGGAGAGGGAGACCAUGCAGUCUGGACCAACCACAUUUGAGGUGAUCCACAACUAUGGCCAUGGAGGGUUCGGAUUGACCAUCCACCGAGGCUGUGCACAGGAGGCAGCUCGGCUCUUGGGGGAGAUAUUGGAGCAGAAGGGCUGGGAGCCCAGGUCUCGUUUGUGAUCUAGUGGUUUAUUACCUAAACAGCAGUGGCAUCAGUAUCUCUCACAUGUCUGAAUGGAACCAUUUUAACAUCAGAACGGUUUGCGAAGGAACCCGCAUAGGAAACUCCUGGGCCCUUCAGACAACAGUGAGGGUUCAUUCCUGUUUGCAAGAGAACAACUCAAAAUCAGAGUUUAGGUAGUGGAGUACCUGAUUAACCCAAAACCAGCUAACUUGGAACACAAAGACUACCAGCCAGCCUUAAAAUGGUUUCAUGCCAGUCAUCAGGAUUGCUUUUAUUGAAUGACUAUUUCCUUUGUUGUGUAGUCAUAACUAUUAGCUAAUUGGUUGAAAUCUAUUUUCAAAAGUUAAAAUGUUAUAUUGUAGUUGAAGAGAUGCUAAUAUAUAACAUAUUGAACCAAUACAUUUUUUUCCAAAAGUGUGAUAAGCAAAUCUUACAAAUGUGACAUAAAAAUAGGAGUGCAAUAUCAAACAAAAAUGUUAUCAUGAGUUUGAAAACUUAUGAAGUUUGAAAAUGAGUGAAGAAAUAAAUACUUCCACAAUCCAA